GAAGGCGGGAGUAAUAUUAACAGGCAACAGCUUUAUCGAAUAGGCUGAGACUCGUCUCUAUCUAACGUAGCAGGGCUGAGUACAGCAUGGUUCUGGAAGGAAGAUGGGUUCCACUCGGGUGACUGCAAAGGAGCUGUGUGAGAAUGAUGACCUGGCUACAACACUAAUUCUCGACUCCUACUUCAGCUUUAAGACCCAUAAGAUGAACGUAAGCCCUCUCCCACCUAUCAGAAGGAAGCACCAUUUGCGGGAGGCAGUAGAAGCUUUUCGGAAGCGCAAGGACUUAGAAGCAGCAUACCAGGCCUUGAUGCAGGGUGGAUGGGCCUGCCACUACUUCGCGAACCGGAGCCGUCAACAGGAGGCUGCCUUCAAGACUCACAUCUUUCGUUAUCUUCGCAUUUUCCUUCCUGAGAGUGGUUUUGUCAUCAAACGUUGCAGUCGGUAUUCUCUGGAAAUCAACGGGGCCCGGGUAGUCUCCACAAAAUCAUGGAGAAAGAACGACAAGCUGGAACUUCUAGAGGGCUACAUUGCAGAGUUGACUGAGCCAGAUGAGAGCCUCCUGAGGACAGGUGAAAAUGACUUCAGCGUCAUGUACUCCACACGGAAACAGUGUGCCCAGCUCUGGUUGGGGCCUGCAGCCUUCAUUAAUCAUGACUGCAGGCCAAAUUGCAAGUUUGUCCCCAUGGAUGGCAACACUGCCUGUGUUAAGGUGCUACGGGACAUCGAACCAGAUGAUGAGAUCACAUGCUUCUAUGGUGACGGCUUCUUCGGGGAGAACAACGAAUUGUGCGAGUGCUACACUUGUGAAAGGAAGGGGGAAGGAGCCUUCCGUCUCCUGAAUCAGACACCGUCGCAGUCUACCUCCGUCAGUGAGAAAUACCUACUGAGAGAAACAGAUGGCCGUCUGCAACGGUGGAAAAACCAGUCGUGCAAGCUGGCCCAACGCAGUGUGAAAGUGGGACGCAAGACCCGGAGCAGGAGGGCACGAUUACGUGGGGCUCUACGUAGAUCUACUGCUCGUUGGUACCGCAGGAUGCUAAAGCCUUUAUACAUCCCAUUGCACGACUGCUUGGCCUGCACAGCGCGUAGAUGCAAGCUCAGUAAGCAGCUGCUGGUGCAUCUAGUUCGCUGUCCUCCUUCCAUGUUCCCUGCCUCACAUCUCCGCCGCUCUAUGCGCAGCAAGGGGAGCUGCUUCAGAGCCCAACAGGACUGCUCCUUCACAAGAAUGCACAACGGGCCUGUGAGCCUGGGCUGGGCGGACCAGUGCACCUGGGUUGUGAACCUUGGCAAGAGAGUUUCCUUGAAUUGGGCAGGGCUGCAAGGAGAAGCAGAGUCUGUGUUUGGGGAGGGAGAACUACAGAGCAGCAGGGGGGAGCAAAGCCAGGGGGCUGAGGAGCAAAGCCAGGGGGCUGAGGAGCAAAGCCAGGGGGCAGAGGAGCUCAGCCAGGGGGCAGAGGAGCUCAGCCAGGGGGCAGAGGAGCUCAGCCAGGGGGCUGAGGAGCAAAGCCAGGAGGCUGAGGAGCUCAGCCAGGGGGCAGAGGAGCACCGCACAGGAAAUGUGGAGAGUCACACUGAGGUCACAGAGCCCCAUAACUCAGGGGAGCAAGGAUUUUUCACCUCUUCACCCCCUCUCUCCUCCAGCCAGCUUCUGUGCAGAACAAGGAGCAUGGCCCGACGCCAAGCUGAAGUUUUGCCCAAAUCCCAACUGUUGCUUCCAGCAGUAGACCCCAAGCUUUCCCAGUAUGCUCAUGUCCGCCUUGAGGGCCCACUCUUUGGAGGCAGGCAGCGCUGGCAGCAGCCUCCUCUGGACAUAAAGGAGGAGGAAGAGGAGGAGCAGGCAGAGGAGCAGCUUCCUCCCAAGCGGAUGGUCUCCUUCCCCCCUUUUGUGCCACCCAAGCGGCUUCGACUGGUCGUGAGCCAUGGCUCCAUCAACCUUGAGGUGGCUUCAAGUUCAUGUGAGGAGCUGUCGUGAUCUGACCGGUUUCCAGGUACUAAGAAGAGUCCCCGUCUUCUUACUGAACUUUGAUCCUUGAUAAGCCAGGGCAAAACCCCACCUACCAGAAUUGGCCUGAAAGCAACUGACUCUUUGGUGUGUGUGUCGUCGUCGUCCCCCCGAGUCGCCUUGAAUGGGGUGAGAAGCCAUCUCUUCUGUGCUGAUGUGAUGUCUAUAAAGGGCACGAGGCUGUAUCUGUGCUAAGAACACACCACCCUGUGUUCCAUCCCGUCUCUUUUUUUUUUAAUGCAGAUUUUCUUUCAGUUGUCUUCUUCCAGGAUGCUUCCUUCAUCACACCCACACCCACCCCUUUUUAAAAGCACACACCACUACCUGGCCAAACACUACUACAUACGCCUGAAACUGAAGCCAUAUAGAAGGCUACGUGGAUGCUUAGGAUUGCCUCCCCCUAUCCUCUUCUUUUUGAACUCUGCUUGCUCUGCCCCCAAAUCCUUUAAUCUUUUGACUCUAGGUGUCCCCACGCUCUGUUUUGUAGCUGAUUAACUAUGGACUUUUCUACAGACACAAUGGUGCUUUUGCUGUUCGUUUGCUCCUACAGAGGCUGUGAAGCUAACGUGGGUGAAACAACUUGUGGGUAAAAAACCUACAUCCAAUCAGGGAAGCCUCUUUAACCCAUUGUAAGAAAACCAGCAACCAGAAGUGCACAUUCGCAUGCGACCCAAGCUGUUCAACCCAUUUAGCCUGAUGGCUAAACAGGCUUAUCUAGGGAAUUAGACUCUUUUCUCCUCUCCCCCCACCUUUUUAGGUGCCUACUGUUACAAGACCUCUACUUUUCUAGUUUUCAAAGCCACUUUUGUAUUAGCCGGAUCUGUUUUGUCUUGUGUCUACUCCCUGCUGGGGCUUUCAAACAAGUGCGUACUGGAACUUUUUUUAGACUCUUAAUGAACUUAAGGUAUUCAGGUUUUUAUAUUUGAUACAGUUGAUGGUGUUUUCAGAAUACCAGUGAGUUAGAUAGUUUUAUGCAAACAUUUCACACUAGUCAGGUGGUAGAGAAUGAAAUAAUUGUGUCCCCCCCCCCCCCCAGCUCUGAUCAGGGGGACUGAUUGGCUCAGGGGCUGUGUGAUCAGGGGGCCUUCCUUCUGUGCGGAGCUGGCUUGAGCAGAAUAAAUGGUUCUACUCCUCUUGUGGCUGGGUUCAGUUCAAAACCACUUAUGGGUAAAUGGAUCUUCUGUAUAUUUGUCCAGUGGUCUAGUCCUGGCAGUUCCUGAGAUUUCUAGUCGUUAGGGUUCACUGCAAUACUUAGAAAUCCGACUGCAAGUUAGCUGGGGAUCUGAAACUAGCAGCUACUGGAUAGAUGGAAGCAUUGCAGCCAACUUUUUCCUGUGAGUGCUUGCUGUGUUGUGCAGGCAGUGUUCUUGUGGAGAGCUUUGUGGUGCUAACUUUGAGAAGUGCGCAGCUGGAGUCAUAGGAGGAUCUGGCUCUACUCCUUCGUCCCUUUUCUGUUCAGUCCGCAGCUUGGUGCAUUUCAGUCUUAGAGAGGCUUCUCCAUAUAACAUUUGAAAAACAGGUGUGCGUAUGGCAGCCACACUAAGGCUUGUGAUCUUUGGGAUAGGAUCCCAUUGGACUCAUACUACUGAAUAACCAUGAAUAAGAUACAGCUUCGUAGGUCCUUGAUCUCUGAUGUUGAGGUCUGUUUUGGAGAACCUUUAGAGCUGUUUCUAGAGCUUGCCUGGCAUGCAUUUUAGCUCUGAGGUGGACGUGUAUUAUAGUUCAGGCCUUCUGUUUUUCACUACUCUGCAAGUCCUGAAUCCUGGGAAAUCACAUGUGUUUUUUUGGAAGUGCUUUUUAGACAUUAGUUUGUGUGAGGUGCAAGGGCACAACUUGCAGCAAGGAGGAGCUACAGCUGUUCACUCUAUCUGAAGAAUGAAAUGGUAUUAAUAGUGCAGGGAGUAUUUCUUGAAGUCAGCCAUAGGAACUUGGUCAUGAGCGUGCUUAUCCUUGAAGGAGGGUGUGUUCUUACAUAGUAAUUGCAGCUGGACUUUCUUAUGCUGAGACUGCAGUUCUGGAAAAGGCAAGCUUAUCUCAUAAGCUUCAGAGAAACUCAGAAAAGUCUACGGAUCUCCAGUUAUGAACAUUGUCCUUUUAAAGGCACUAGUAAGCCAGGUUUACUAAUACAGCUGGUCUCUGCUAUGGUGGACCCCAGAGGGAAUCCAAAUCUGUGUUAUGAAGAAUGUUCAUAGACAUUGACAAUUGUACAUAUUCAUGUGAAGGCAACAGGGCACAAAUAGCAUAAAAAGCGCUAAGCUCCAAGUGCAGCUCAGCUAAUGAUCUGCAAGAUAUAAAAUAUCCUGCUUAUGCUGGCAUUGUGAGCCGUUUCCCCAGGCCUUCGUGUGAAUAUGCAAAGUUCCCUCAGUUCAGGCAUGUUCUCCAGUCGACUUUGGCAAAACUCACAUGU